AUGCGCAUACUGGAACGUCCAUCCGAGCACGAACUGGUCUUGGAAUUUCUCCACGUUGACACGUCUUUCGUCAACGCGUUGCGGCGAAUCCUUUUGGCUGAAGUACCGACGGUGGCGUUGGAAAACAUUUACAUGUGGGAAAACUCUAGCCUAAUACACGACGAAGUGUUGUCGCACCGGCUGGGACUGAUUCCCUUGAAGAUUGACGCUCGCUUAUUGGACGAACAAGACGACGACGAUCCCAGUCCGACCGAUCGCAACACGGUCGUUUUUCGCUUGGGAGUCUCGUGCGGCUCAGAUCCCAACAAGGGCAAAGCCAAGCACAAAGCCGAUUCUCACGAGAAUGCCAAUGACGCUGCGGAAGCGGAUCAGGAUGAGCGACCCUACACCAAACAUGUUUAUUCCAAAGACCUAGUAUGGGUCCCGCAAGGCGAUCAGGAAGAACGAUUGCAGGACAUUUGUGCCAUGCACGACGAUAUCUUGAUUGCCAAACUCCGACCGGGACAAUCAAUUGAAUUGGAAGUCCACGGCCGGGUAGGGGUGGGCAAGGACCACGCAAAAUUCUCUCCCGUCGCCACAGCGUCCUACCGUCUCAUGCCGCACAUUGAACUGUUGCGGGACGUCUACGAUGAGGUGGCAGACGAACUCGUGCACGUUUACGAGCCCGGCGUCUUUGAAAUCGUACCGACCGACGCAACGGAUCCGGCAGGAACGUCCCGCAAAGCUCGUGUGUGCAAUCCCUAUGCUUGCACCAUGAGUCGCAACUAUAUGCGACACACCGAACUCGCUCAAGCCGUACGGAUGAGCCGCAUCCCGGAUCACUUUAUUUUCUCCGUCGAAAGUGUCGGCAUGUACGCACCCGGGGUGCUAGUGGCCGAAGCCUUGCGCAUUCUGCAACGCAAGUGUAGAAAAGUCAUGGAUUAUGCGGACGAAGCAAACCUGAAACAGGAUCAUGUGUAA